AUUAUCACUAAAAUAAAGUCUUGAUUUAUUUAUUAAUAAUUACUAAUCUAUGAACGGCAUGAUUACUAGUGAAGUAAAAGUACAAGUUGUAGUCUACGGUUCUACGAUUUUAUCUAUUUUGCGGUUAUAGUGUUCAUGAACUAAUCAUUCGAGACAUGAUAAAAUAAUGAAUAAUUAUUAUUUAUUCGUGGCAUGAAGACUGGAUUAAAAUUUUAGUCUUCAUGAUAUGUUGUUAUGAUUAUGGAUAAAUAGAUAAUAUAAUCGUGUUCGUGAUCUUUAAAAAUUUGUUUGUUGGUUAUUUAAAUAUAAAUUUGCUUCGAAUUUAUUUAAUAAACGGUUUAAACUAUUAUUACUAUAUGUCAUUUAUUAUGUAUAAUUCAUAAUUUAUUAAAAAUAUACAAUUAAUUGUUAAUUAAGUUAGUAAAAUGGAUACGAAAUUCCCAUCCAAAAAAGCCGAUGAAUUUGCUAACGAUUUGUUUGAAACAUGCAAUUUAACAGAAAUUGAAUUUUUACAAAAUUCUUUAAAAAAAGAUGUGGAAAAAAAAGCAGAUCAGUUAAAAUCUUUAGUGAGGUUUGUAAAUUAUGAUAAAAAUAUAAGUGAAAAAUGUAUAAUGAAAUAUAUAAUUUAUAAAUAGCUGUUUAAAUGGUUAAUUGACUGCUUGAAGUCUAGUCUGUGAAUCGUAGAACAUUUAUUAGUUUGACCUUAGAGAACAUUAUUAGCACAUUGCGAUGAUUAUUGAAAUGUUUAAUAUAUGGGGGGGGGGGAGUGUUUUAUUGUAAUUUAUAUUAUAUUACAAUAUAUAUUAACGUUGAACUUUCAAAUUUCAGUUAUUACUAUUAUUAGAUUAGUGCAUAUAAUUGUUUACGUCAUAUACUAAAUAAAUAAUUAUGUGUGUAUAUUUUUUAAAUGAUUGUAUAAUGCUUUAUUUAAAUACAACUUUAAUUUUUUGUUUAGUGAAAAAUAUAGAGAUCUCAUUGAUGCAGCUGAUACAAUUAGUACUAUGGCUAUGAUUGUUAGCGACAUAGCAAAUGUUACUGAAGAUAUCUUAAAAACAAAUCACACUAAUCAUAUAGCAACAUUAGAUAGGUAAAUGCUCAAUUCAUAUUUUAAAAUUAAAGAUUUUUAAAUUUUUAUUUUUUUUUAUACAGUAAUGACAAUAUACUUGAUAAAUUUGCUGCUCAGACAAAACUUUUAAUUGAUAUAUCUGAACAAAUAUGGGAAUGUUUGAACUCAAGAAACUAUUUAACCGCUACUCAAUUAUUUCAGUUUGCUUUACAUAUCAAAAAAAGUAAAUAGAGUAAUAUGUUUAGUAUAAGUAUUAGGUAGAGAUAAUAACUUUGUUUUAGACUAUUCAAUGAAGUUCAUAAUUUAAUUUAGGUAUUAUGAUUGUUAAUUUGUUAUAUAUUUUUUUUAAUUUUAGGUCUAGAUGAAGAUGUAGUAAAAGGACUUAGAAAAGGUAAAUUAUUUUUGGACAGAGUUUGGUCUACAAUAUCUCACUUUUUAACAACUAUAUCUGAUAGAACUAGAUUAGAAUUAUCUGGACAAAUUUCUCCUGAAGUAAUUUACUUACUCUUACAUAUUGUUUUAAAUAUAUUGACUCUUAAUAUAAAUAUUAUAUUAUAUUACUUAAUAGAAAGCGGCAUGCUGUUUUAUUAGUUUAUCUAUAUUAGAAAAACUAGAUGCUCAUGCUUUGGUUAAAGAAUUUGUUAUAUUACGUUCAAAUAUGUUACAACAUAUAUUGACAGAAGGAAGUUCAGCCGACAAAAAUAUUGAAAACAGUUCUAAUUUAAUUAUAAACACUAUUUACAAUUUAUAUUUGUGUUUUACAAGUAAAAUAAUUUAUUUAGUUAUUAAAUAUUAUUAUAAUAUAUUAUCAUACUCUUAUUUCACAAAAAUGAGACAAAUAAUUUAUACAUAUAUUUUAGAUUAUGAUAUUUAUAACAGUGGAGUAAUAUACAUUAAAAUUAAAGAUAUUCUGAAAAAUGGACCUAAUGUAUUAUCGUUAGUAGAUUUGGAUUAUUCAUUAAAAUUUGGACUUGCAUAUUUACCAAAUUCUGUUAGAGAAUUCAAGUUUGUAGUCCUAAAAUAAGUUUGUUUUAAACAUGCAAUACAAAUAAUAGUAAUAAUCAUUUUAUUUAAAAUUAAUUUUGAUUUGAAUUAGGAUUGAUUGUAUGUUAUAUACAAAUGAGUUAUCAAAUGAAUACAUAACUAAUAUUGUAACUAAUUGGUUGGACUGGGCCAAACCAUUUGUUUGUACCAAAGUUACAGAUAUGUUGGAAAGUGUAAAAUCUUUUUCAAUUCUUUCCUAUUUAAAUCACUUAUCAACAGUAAGAGUACCAAUUACAUAUUAAUCUAAUAUUUUUUUUUUUAAAUUUAAAUUUUUAAACUUUAGGAAUACCCUCAACACUGGACUGCUAUAUCAGAACAAAUUGCAUUUGAAUCAGACUUAUGGUCUGAAUUAUACUGUCCAUUAUUUGCUCAAAGAACUAAAGUUUUACUAACUAGUCACUGGGAAAAUGUUUUUCCUAUAAUCAUUUCAGAUAUAAACAAUGCUUUAAUUCAGUAAGAAGUAAAAAAUAAAUUCACACAUUUGUUUUUAUAUAAUUUAUGUAUUCUUUCAGGUCAAAAGAACCAUACCUACAAGAAAGUUUAUUUUCAGAUACAGAUGAAUGUUUAGAAACUCGUUCAGUAGGUUGCUCAGAUGAAACAGCUAAGUUGUGUGAAUGUGUUGAAAAUAGAAUUUUAUUAUUAGUAAAGAUGUUAAGUGAAUUAAUCUCUGAAGAUGAAGAUCCAUGGGCUCUUAGACAACACCAAGGGAAUUGUUGCUACAAUUUUAUUAUGAGGUUUUGUGAAGUUUAAUGAAGUUAAAUAAUUUUUUUAUUAAAUUAAUCCAUUGUUGAAUUUGUUUAGAUUGGGGAAAAAAAUGAUACAAUUAGUUGAACAAGAAAAAUUAAAUGAGCAUGGCUUAUUAUUAAUAGCUAGAUUUUUAUGGCAUUUACCUGUAUUAUGUCCAACAUUAAAACAAUGCUUAGUAUCUUUAAACCAACUGGCAAGUAUUUUAUUUUAUUAUUUAUACUUCUUCAUUAAUUCAUAAUAUUACUAUUAUUAUCUAAUAUUUAUAAGUAAUUUUGAGAUUUAAUGAAAAUCUAAAUUGUGAUCAAUAAUAUGGCUCAUUAAUUGUAUUUUGAACUGAAAAGUUUUAUAUCAAUUUAUAGGCUAAUAUAAAUAUAGUUCAAUAGUAAGUUUAUAGUACUAUAAAAUGCAUUAAAAUGAUUUUUUUUUCAUUAUAAGUUUAUGUAAAUGUAGAAUUCUAAUAAUAUGUAACAAAGAUAUUAAUUUAAUUUUUUCAAUCACUAUCUGUUUGAUUCUUUAAAGUUUGUAUACUUUAAUAAAUAUUGAUUUUAAGUUAAGAAAACAGAAAUAAAUCAGGUAAAUAGGGGAUAUUGAGUAGUAUAGCUAAUGAUAAGAGUGUUAUAUUAAACAUUUAGCAUGCUACUUUUUGUAAGUUAACGGUGAUUUUAAAAAUGUUAGAAUGACUACAUAAUAAAGCUUUAAAAUAUCGUUUUUUAAGAGGUUUAUUUUAAUAUUCUAAGAAUCUUAUUGAAUUUUUAAAAAUAAUAUUCCAUAUUUUAUUUUAUAAUUUCCUUGGUUAUAGAUUUAUUAUUUUAUUUUCAAUCUUCAAUAAAAUUAUCAACUAACUCAGUUUACUUUUUUUAUAAUGUGUUACUCUUAUUCUUAAUUUGUGGUUCUAGUAAAAUGUGUUAUACAGUAAAACUUGCAAAUAACAGUCACCGAAGGGACCAGAAAUAAUGACCAUCCUUUAGAGGCAACACUUGACAGGACCAAAAAAAAAUUACUUUCUUUUAGGGGUGACCGUUAGUGGAAGUUUUAACUGUACAUACAAGGUGAUUCUUUUAUCGUAUGACACUCAUUAGUUCAAAAAGUAUUAAUUUUUUUGAAAUUGUUGUUGACGAGAUAUUCCAAUUUUAAGUUUCAACAUGAAAAAAGGAGUAGUGCUAUUAAUUUGUAUGGUGGCAUAUUGCGUGGCUUUAAUAAUAUUCCAACACCUCCCCAAAAGUAGGGGUGACAAAAAAAAUAUGGUAACUCAACUUUUUAGAGCAGCAUAUUUCUUACAAUUUUGAGUAUUAUAUGAUAAAUGAAUCACCUUAUAUAUUUGUUUAUUUCGUGAACUAUUUAAUGAUUUACUAUAAAUAGUGAGCUAUUUGUAAGUAAAUAAAAUAUAUUAUAGUAAUUAAGCAGCCGGAUAAUAUGUAAUUUUUUAAACAAUUUAUUUUCUUAAUUUUUACAAGAAGUGAUGCAUAAUAUCAAAUUUACAAUAAUUAAGUAGCCUAAAAGUAAAACUUAUGUAAAACUUUUGUUUUUAACCUACCCAAUUAUCUAUACAUACAAUAUUUUUAAUUAUGAAAUGUUAUUUAUUACGUCCAUUGUGAUCUUUAUUCAAAUAAUUGUAUAUAUAUUUAAUAUUUUAUUUAGUUUAAUUUUUGGACUUCAUCAAAAGAAGAAAUGCAUAAGGCUUCCAUAAUUGUGUGGAAUAAAUGGACAAAUGUAGUGACAACUAGGAUGUUUAAUAAUUUAAAAGGAAAUAUUUUACCAAUUACACUCGGAGAACAACUUUCUACAAUUCCGGUAAAGUAAAAAAAAAAAAAUGUAUAAUUACAUCUAAUACAAACAAUAUACAUCACAAAUGUUGUGUUUAUGUUCUUCUAGUGUUUUAAUUUAAGUGUUUUACUAUAUAUUUAGUGUAUAUACCUACAUUAUAAAUAAAUAAAUAAUGAGUUUCUGGAAUCAAAAUCCUAUUACUUGGAGUAUUUUUAUGUUGAAUUUUUAAUUUAUACUUAAGUGUACAUAACAACAUGAAACAAUUUCAAUUAAGUUUUUUUUUUUUUAAAAUAUAUAUUAUUUUUAAACUAAUAAAAUUCCUUCACAAUCUAAAAUAAAUGAAAAUACUAUAAUUUGAAUUUUCUAUUAUUUUUAGAAAUGGGAAAUUAUAGACAUGGAAGUAGAAAAAGAAAACGGAGAACUAGUAGUAUCUAAACUACAAGUACCAAAUCAACCAUCAUUUCCUUUGCAAAAUUUUAUUCAUAAUACUAUCACAUGCCUUGCUCUAGCUUUACCACCUAAGUACUUUUUGUAGACAUAAUAUAUUGUAUUCAUAAUGUUGAUAAUUAAUAUUAUUAUGUUUAGAUUUGUCCAAGAAAAGACAAUUGCCUUAUGUAUUGAAUGGAUAUUAAUUGAAUAUCGCGAUAAUAGUGUACUCGAAACCUCAUUAAAGUCUAGAUAUCAAAUACAAAAAUUAUUUGAUCUAAAAUAUAUUAAUCAACUUUUUAUUAGUAUUGAAAAUGAAGUAAUAGUCAUUAAUACAAUUUUAAGAUAAUUUAAUAUUUUAAUAUACCAUUGGAAUGUUUAGAAUUUGUCAGCCAUUUGUUCAGAGCAGAUAUCAGCUGUUGAAAAUCAAAUUGACCCAAUUAAUCUUGAUGUUUUGGAUGAAUACAUUGUUAAAAAUGUUAAACGAGCUGUUGUUGCAACUAAAGUAAGAAUGAAAUGUAUAAUAUAUAUUUUAACUAUUGCCCUAUUUUUUUUUUUUUUUAUAAAGUAAAAUAAUAUUUAUUAUUGUCAGGGUGUAUUGUAGAUUAAUUCAUUUAAAAAUAAAAUAAUGAUAAAGUACUAGUAAUAUUAUAAUUAUAAUUAUAAUCAAGUACUAAAGGCAAUUUUUUUGUCAUUAGUAACAAUAGUUUCACAAUCGUUAUAUCGGGUACAAAAUUACAAAUUUCAAAUAGGGCGCCAUAAAUUAUUCUUAAACAAUGCAACAAUCUUAUCAAUUUGGGCCCAUCCAUGUCACCACAAUACAUAUUCAGUGUAUACAUAAUUCAAGAUAGCUAAACCAUCAGUUAUUAAAAUUAAAAUCGUACAAAUAAUGUACCCAACUAAUAGGAAUACCAUUUUUAAGUGCAACAUUAUACUAAGUAUUUUGUGGUAUCAAUGGUUCAGUUUAAGGUUUGUAAUGUCAUGGCACACUGCAGUAGCAAUAUUGUAACUGUACAGAAGAAACUAAACGAGACUGAUAACAUGUAACUAAAAAAAAAAUAUAUAUAUAUAUACCAAUGUAAUAAGUUUUUGGGACUCAUGACUUAGAUUCUGAGUGAAAAAUAUUUUGGUUUUAAAAUGUUUAUUAUUAAUUUUUUAUCUGAUUAAUUUUUCUACCAGAAAUCUUACUUUGAUUUUCAUGUUUAGUACCUUUUCUGACUGGAAAUUUCAUCAGAGAGAUAAUUUCGAAAGGUAUUUUUUUGAUUUUCUAAGUGGUUUUCAUAAUAAUUGGGAAAAACUUGGAAAAUUUACAAGAAAUGUAUUAUUUUCAAUUUUGUUUUUUUUGUUGAGAUUUAGUUUAAAAUAUUUGCAAAGACUAUAUAGAAAACGUAUAUUUGCCUUAUAUAAACAUGGUAAAAUUUUCAAAACACUGUAGCUAUUUUUAGCUAUUUAAUGACAUUUUAAUUUUGCGAGGUGUUUAUGUACUUUUUAUUUUGUAGAUACUCAUUAAAAAAACAAUUGUUAGACCAAAAAGUCAAAAAAAAUACAGCCUUUUAAAAUAUAUGUUACCAAUUUCUUCUCAAAAUUGUUUUUCUGUUUGUAAUGAUUAAUCUAUAUUAGUACUAGUAUCUACAUUGCUAACAGAUAUAUCAAACUCUCUCCUAUAUCCUACGUACUUAAUUUAAAUAGUCUUCCUGGAGUUUAAUUCAAUUUUAUACUUGUUCAUACUAUCAUUGUACAUAUUUUAUUUAUUUAUUUAUAAAUUAACAAAUAACUACCCUUUUGGUAAAUAUAAUGGAUAUAAAAUAAAAUUAACAAUACACUUAAUAUGAUAUAAAUUAACAUAAUAUUUGUAAUGCAUGCAAAAUAUGAUUGGUUUAAUCAGUAAUAGUAUAUAUUUUAAAAAUAUUUUUAUUUUCAGUGCAUUUUUGGUACUAUGUAUCCAAGUCAAUUACCAUCAGAAUGUUCAGAUGAAGCAAAUACUUUGAUGUUUAGCACUUAUAGGUUUAAACUAUUUUUAGUCACCGAUUCUUAAAAUUAAUAAUACAUUAAUUUAUGGUUAUUAUAUGUAAAAUCUAUAUCUAUCACUAAUAUUUUAAGGUUAAAUUAUAUUCAAAAUUUCUCAAAACGGUCUAUAUAAACCCUCAGGGGUGAUUAUUUUGCCCUAUAAA